AAUGAUUUUGACCCUUCUAUGCCUUUCAGCUUGUAGUACUCUUCCUCUGGCAUGUUUCCCCAGUAGUGGAUUUCUGGUUCCCGAGUUUGUCCUUGUUGGUCUUCCAUUUGAGAGAGAGAGAGAGAGAGAGAGAGGCAAGGAGAUGUUGGGUUCUGUAGAUUUGUGUGGCUAUUUGUUGAAGUAAUCGGAUUUGGAGACUUUAGUGGUGUUUGGUUAUGUCGUGUUGGAUUCUUUCUGGGGACUGAGUUAACUCGCAACCCAAAUUUGCCUCGUCCACCAAGUUUCAGGUGUGUUACUGCUGGUUUUGAUCCAUAACAAAGUUCAUGUGGUAUCCUUCAAGAAGGCUAUUUUGAAGGGCCUGUUUUUGGAAUUAGAGAGCGUCAAUGGGUCAAUCAAAAGAAAUUAAAAUCAAUGGCAAGUGAAGAUCUUGUGACUAACUUGCCUGGUCAGCCUCAUGUAGAAUUCAAGCAUUAUGCUGGUUAUGUCACUGUGAAUGAGAAAAAUGGGAGGGCACUUUUUUACUGGUUCUAUGAGGCCACUACUCUCCCUGAUGAUAAACCUUUGGUGCUUUGGCUUAAUGGAGGUCCUGGGUGUUCUUCUGUAGGAUAUGGAGCAACACAGGAAAUUGGUCCCUUUUUGGUGGACACUGAUGGACAGGGAAUUAAAAUUAAUCCUUACUCAUGGAGUACAGAAGCCAAUAUGUUAUUCCUGGAAUCUCCGGUGGGGGUUGGCUUUUCUUACUCAAAUACAACUAGUGAUUAUAAAAAUUUAGGUGAUGACUUUACAGCAAAUGAUUCUUAUACUUUCCUGCACAAGUGGUUCCUGAAGUUCCCCUCGUAUAGGAAGCGAACCUUUUAUAUUGCAGGGGAGAGCUACGCAGGAAAGUAUGUUCCGGAACUGGCUGAACUCAUAUAUGACAAGAACAAUGAUCCUUCUCUGUACAUUGAUCUCAAGGGUAUCCUGCUGGGUAAUCCUGAAACAUCUGAUGCUGAGGAUUGGAGAGGUCUGGUGGAUUAUGCUUGGAGCCAUGCUGUGGUAUCCGAUGAAACUCACAAGAUAAUUAAGGAAAAUUGUGAUUUUGGUAGCGAUAAUACGUGGGAAAAUAACAAUUGUAGUGAAGCUGUUGAUGAAGUACUCAAACAGUACAAGGAGAUUGAUAUAUAUAGCCUCUACACCUCAGUCUGCAUUGGUGAUACAGCAAAUUCAGAGGACAGCAAAACAAAAAUCAUGAUGAAGCGCUCGUCUAAGAUGAUGCCAAGGAUAAUGGGUGGGUAUGAUCCAUGCCUUGAUGAAUAUGCGGAGACCUUUUAUAACAGACUUGAUGUUCAAAAGGCCUUGCAUGUUAGUUAUGGUCGCCAUCUCAGGAACUGGAGCAUCUGCAAUUCGGUGAUAUUUGAGGAGUGGUCAUAUUCAAGACCUUCUGUUCUUCCCAUAUACAAGAAACUGAUUGCAGCUGGACAAAGAAUAUGGGUCUACAGUGGAGACACAGAUGGAAGAGUUCCCGUACUGUCAACAAGAUACAGCUUAAGUUCUCUGGGGUUGCCUAUUAAGAUGGCAUGGCGACCUUGGUACCAUGAGAAGCAGGUGAGUGGGUGGUUUCAAGAAUAUGAAGGCCUUACAUUUGCCACCUUUAGAGGUGCCGGCCAUGCUGUGCCGAGCUUCAAACCAAGCAGCUCACUUGCUUUCUUCUCAGCUUUUCUCCAGGGAGUCUCUCCGCCUUCUUCAAGAUAUGUGUAGGUGAAAGAUUUUUCUUUAUAUUUAUAUGUUGUAAGUAGCAGAGGGAAACUAUAUGCUAUAUUUGGAGGGAAAAAAAAAAGUAGAAAAGAUCCUCAGGUGCUCAUAAUCUCUAUAUCUCUUGGAUGGUCGAAUAUUUUCAAAGAAACUCGUGCAGAUCUAUGGUUUAAUUAUACCAUGUUCGGAUCAAA